CGCGGCAUGGCCUCCUCAGUCUGGGCCAUCUGCUGCCUCCUGGGGGGUCUCCUGCUCCAACCCGGCAGCCCCGGCCCCGGCCCCAGCAUGCCCCGCCUGCGGCUCUCCUACGGAGGCCCUGCUGCCAGCCAUCACCUCCACCUACCGAGGACCUAUUUCAGGAUCCUUGACACCUGGGACCAGCAUCCCCAGACAGUCACCUUCUGUCCCUGGAGCCUGAGUGCAUGGCAUCUAUGAAGGAGAAAGACCUGCUGUCUGCCAACCGCUCUGCUGUCUUUCUGGGCCCCCGGGGCUCCCUGGACCUGCAUGCCCUGUACCUGGAUGAGUACCGGGACCGCAUUUUCCUGGGGGGCCGCGAUGCCCUCUACUCCCUGAGGCUGGACCAGGCAUGGCCGGAUCCCCGGGAGGUCCUGUGGCCGCCGCUGCCAGGACAGAGGGAGGAGUGUGUCCGCAAGGGAAGGGACCCUUCGACGGAGUGUGCCAACUUCGUGCGGGUGCUGCAGCCCCACAACCGGACCCACCUGCUGGCAUGUGGCACCGGGGCCUUCCAGCCCAUCUGUGCCCUCAUCGCAGUUGGGCACCGUGGGGAGCAUGUGCUCCUCCUGGAGCCCGGCAGCGUGGAAGGCGGGCGGGGACGGUGUCCGCAUGAGCCCAGCCGUCCAUUUGCCAGUGCCUUUGUAGGCGGGGAGCUGUAUACUGGCCUCACUGCUGACUUCCUGGGGCAUGAGGCCAUGAUCUUCCGGAGUGGGGGUCCCCGGCCAGCCUUGCGUUCCAACUCUGACCAGAACCUCCUGCAUGACCCCCAGUUUGUGAAGGCCGCCCGGAUCGCGGACAGCUCUGACCAAGAUGAUGACAAGGUGUACUUCUUCUUCUCGGAGACUGUCCCCUCGCCUGACGGCAGCCCAGGCCGUGUCACCAUUAGCCGCGUGGGUCGUGUCUGCGUGAACGAUGCCGGUGGCCAGAGGGUGCUGGUGAACAAAUGGAGCACCUUUCUCAAGGCCCGGCUGGUCUGCUCGGUGCCCGGCCCCGAUGGUGCCGAGACCCACUUCGAUCAGCUGGAGGACGUGUUCCUGCUGCAGACCAACGCGGUGAAGAGCGUCGAGCUGUACGCUCUGUUCAGCACCGUCAGUGCCGUGUUCCAGGGAUUUGCCGUCUGUGUGUACCACAUGGCAGAUAUCUGGGAGGUCUUCAAGGGGCCCUUUGCCCACCAAGAUGGUCCUCAGCACCAGUGGGGGCCCUAUGGGGGCAAGGUGCCCUUCCCACGCCCCGGCAUGUGCCCUAGCAAGAUGACUGCGCAGCCGGGGCGGCCCUUCGGCAACACCAAGCACUACCCGGACGAGGUGCUGCAGUUCGCCCGAGCCCACCCACUCAUGUUCCAGCCUGUGCGGCCACGGCAGGGCCGCCCUGUCCUCGUCAAAACCCAGCUGGCCCAGCAGCUGCGCCAGAUAGUGGUGGACCGCGUGGAGGCCGAGGAUGGAACCUACGAUGUCAUCUUCCUGGGGACUGACUCAGGCUCCGUGCUCAAGGUCAUUGCCCUCCAGGUGGACGGCUCCACCGAGCCCGAGGAGGUGGUCCUGGAGGAGCUCCAGGUGUUUAAGGUGCCGACACCAGUCACUGAGAUGGAGAUCUCCGUCAAAAGGGAAACGCUGUACGUGGGCUCAAGGCUGGGCGUGGCCCGGGUGCGGCUGCACCAGUGUGAAACCUACGGCAGUGCCUGUGCAGAGUGCUGCCUGGCCCGGGACCCGUACUGCGCCUGGGACGGUGCCUCCUGCACCCGCUACAGGCCUGGCACCAGCAAGCGCAGGUUCCGCCGGCAGGACAUCCGGCACGGCAACCCCACCCUGCAGUGCCUGGGCCAUAGCCCGGAAGAGGAAGCCGCAGGACCGACUGAGACCCGCACUGUCUACGGCACGGAGCACAACAGUACGUUCCUGGAGUGCCUGCCCAAGUCUCCCCAGGCUGCUGUGCGCUGGUUCCUGCAGAGGCCCGGAGACGAGGGGCCCGACCAGCAGGUGAAGACUGACGAGCGAGUCCUGCAGACAGAGCAGGGGCUGCUGUUCCGCAGGCUCAGCCGCGGGGACGCGGGGACCUACACGUGCAGGACGCUAGAGCACGGCUUCUCCCAGACGGUGGUCUCCCUGGCUCUGGGGGUGAUCGCAGCCCGGCAGCUCAAAAGCCUGAUGCCCCGGGAGCUGCGGCUGGAGGAGCCCCCAGCCCAGGGGGGCCUGGUCGCCACCCCUCCCAAGGCCUGGUAUAAGGACAUCCUGCAGCUCAUCGGCUUGGCCAACCUGCCCCGGGUGGAUGAGUACUGUGAGCGUGUGUGGUGCACCUCCCGGAGGGGCAAACAGGCCAAGGGUAAGGGCUGGGCGGGCCUGGAGCUGGGCAAGAAGGCGAUGAGCCGGGCGCAGGCAGAGCGCAAUCGGACGCCCCGGGAGGUGGGGGCCGCGUAGAGCAGGGCGGGGGAACGGUGGUCGGGCAGCGUCCAGCAUUGCCUACCCACCCAGCUAGGGCAGAGGGGCCCACAUGCCCAGCUGCCUCUUUGAAAUGGAAGUGUGUGCCCCCCAUACCCCUAUCAGGCCACCCACAGCAAAGGCUGGGGACCAGUGGAGGGCCCUGUGUCUGAGGCCUGUUCCCCGACCCCUUGGUGCUGUCAGUCCCAGGCUGGGGCCAGCGCCCUCUGGCCACUGGCAGUCUCAGUGGGCCUGCUGUUUGUUCUCAGAGAUGGCUCCCAGACACAUUUCCGGUUGUGCCCAGAGGCCAGAGGGCUGGGUGGUUCUUUCCCAGCCUGAAGAACAAUGGCCCUUCUGAGUGGGUGUGCGGGUGCGCCUGAGGAGGUGUCUGGCAGGGGCCCUCACACAGCGAGAGGAGGGUGGACGUUGCCUCUAAGGUAGCACCCUUUAAGAGGACCCCCCUUGAGUUGGGAGGGAAGGUGGUGGUGCUGAGGAGGUAGAAGAGCAAGACAUCCCCCGCUGAGCCCCGGAACUGGGGGCGGUUCCCGCCACUGCCCACCGCCUCUACUCCAUCUCAGGCUGCUAGUGCUCCCUGGGACCUGGGGGCAGUCUGGACCUGAGGCCCUGCUUCUUAAACCAGAGGUGGGGUGGGGUGGGGGUGGUCCCACAGCCUGACUCCCCUUCCCAGGUCCCCCAGUUGCCAGGCCAGGUUUCCUUGGGUGCCCACGUUUCCUGAGGGGAUCCCCCCUCCCCACCAUCAGGGUCUCCAUGCAGGGAGCAGGGAGGGGUGGCUUGUAGAAGAAUGCCUCUCUAUCUCUGUGGACUAGAGCUGGGGAGAGGGGAGCUGGGGGCGGCUGGCGGUGUCCUUCGCAGGGCAAUGCAAACACGCCCCCAGCCUGGCAGGUGGGAAUGUGGCAGCUCCGUGAGCAAGCCUCAGCUGGUGGGCAGGGCCAGGGGCAGAGCCUUGCCUGGGGCCACAGGCAUGGAGAAGCUUUGAGACGGGGAGACCCUGGGGUGGCUGUGGGGCUCAGGAGCAGGCCUUCUCAAGGACCCAAGAUGGUAUCCAUCAGCUUAGGAGCCACCGGGCCGGCCAGAUGUUUCUCACCCUGGAAUCCUUGGUUCCUGCUAAAGGAUGGGUCAUGAACGGUUCAUUUAUGAAGACUUUUUUCUUUUAAGAGAAAAACAGGUCGGGAAAAAAGCUGCCAAGUGCUGCAGGUUUUCGGGGUGAGGCUCAGGCGGCCGGGACACGUUCUGUCCGCACGGGUAGGAGCUGUCUUCUGCCGUCAGCAGAAAUGUGUUUCUCGGGCUGGGAGCACAGGGGACGAGGAGGACGACUAGUGUAGAGCUCCUCCCAGACUGCACGUGGAAGGGCAGGUCUGUGACGCACAAGCCGGCAGCAGGGACACAAGGGCAUCAGGUCGAGAUUCCCUCUCAUCAAAAAAAACAAGAAGAAGAAAGGAGGGGAAACAAAAAAAAAAAUUAAAAGCAAAACAGGGCAUUUUGCCCACUGAACCCAAACCCAGACUGCGUCUGCCUUGGAUUUUACCCGAGCCCCCAUCCCAGGGAACUGGGAUCUGAAGUAGGCCCCCUGCCCCCUUGACUGCACAAUAAUUGACCCAGAGAACCUGACAACCCUUUGGGAAACCUGUGACCCGCAUCGCGGUGGCUGAGAUGUGAGCAGGUAAAAGCAGAGGAGGUGGGGCACAGGGAGACGCCGGGAAAGAGACGGAGGGGACCGUGGCCAGCGGGGAGAGCGCAAAGGCCCGGGGCCUGUGUCAGAGCUGUGGCCAGCGCUGCCCCCGGGCCAGGGAAGACCAGGCCCUUGGUGGCCCCUAGGCCGGGCCCAGGUGUGGCCGUCCCAGAGCAGCGUCCUCUGGGGAAGUUACCCUGGAAAAUGAGGAGAGGAGGGGCUCAAAAUCCUGAACGGACACCUGCACUGGGAGAAUCAUGGCCGGCUUCUGCCAACCACCCCCCACAUGGUACUGAGGGUUAUUAAUGCUGGAAAUGCCUGUGUAUGUGAGUUCUGUUUUACUCAUAUGUUGAGAUGUGGUUUCUCUGUCUUUACAAGCACACUUCUUGUAAUUAUUGUUGUUAUUUUAUUGUCACACUGCCCCAAGCGCCGGUGAGAGGAGCAGAGUGUCUACUGCGCAGAACUCACAGGACGGGGGUGAAGUUAACACUUACACUUGUGAUUCUGUCA